CGUACAGACUCUGAAGGGACCCAAGAUGGCUGAAUACUCACGGGGGGACAGUUAGCAAUUAUCUGAGCAAGACAUCGAGAAUGAAUGGCAAAUAGCAUUAUAAUGUAAAGCGGAACCUUGACGUAAUUACACGACUAAAGCUGGUUGGUUUGCAUUAUUUUUGGAAUGCAUGAAUACCAGUAGGGAGAGAGUAGUCUCUCCGCGGCCCCGAGCCAGAACAUGGCGGAACACUUGGGGGAGAAAGCAGCUAACGCUAACUAGCUGGCGUAUUAUUUAGACAGAUAGAAAUACUGGGUCUGGGUAAACACAGUGCUUGCUGUUCGCUACUGUGAAAUAAUGUUAUCGGCGCGCAGCUCUGGUCAUUUUGCUUCCAAUAGUUGUACAUUGAGUAUGUGGAGCGUAGGCAGCGUACUUGCUAGCUAGUCAACUCGUUAGGUUUGCUAGCUAACGCGACUGGCUAACGCUGCCCGCAAGCGUACAAACUGUACUAAUAAGUAGGCGGCAGUGUUUUGGGAAAUAGUGACCGUAACGGGAUCUUUUUCUGAAUACGCAUUUGUCAAGUAUCUGAUAAGGCUAUGUUAUGUCUGUCAGAUCUUGCUUUGACGAUUAACGCGACAGCUAAUGCAAAUGCCCUCCGCACUAUAAAUUAGUCGAUCGUUAGCUUGCCACAAUGGUCUGUAAGCUGAUUUUGUGUGACGCGUUGCUCAUAUCCUUGUCAAGAUAAGGUGUAGGGCAGCUUUCCGAAAUACUCAGAUAUUUAGUUGAUCGGUAAAUCUCUCGAAACGACCAUUUAAGUGUCUCACUCUCACGCUGCUACAAAGAGCUGUUAUCUUGAUUGACCCUUGACACAAGUUUAGCCAGUAGUGGAUUGUAGUGAUUGAGUGUAGACAGUGAAUAAAAGUUUUGGUGUUACUAAGUGAGGUACAGCCAAGGGGCCUGGGAGGGGGAAACAAGCGACAACCACCUGCCAGGAUGACGGACACUCGUCGACGAGUCAAAGUCUAUACCCUCAACGAGGACAGACAGUGGGAUGACCGUGGGACCGGACACGUCUCCUCGGGUUAUGUGGAGCGAUUGAAAGGCACAUCUCUACUGGUGCGAGCAGAGAGUGAUGGUUCGCUACUUUUGGAGUCUAAAAUCAAUCCAAACACAGCCUACCAGAAACAGCAGGAUACAUUGAUAGUAUGGUCAGAAGCUGAAAAUUAUGAUCUGGCACUGAGCUUCCAGGAGAAGGCCGGCUGUGAUGAAAUUUGGGAGAAAAUAUGCCAGGUGCAAGGGAAGGACCCAUCAGUGGACAUCACCCAGGAUGUGGUGGAUGAAUCUGAGGAGGAACGUUUUGAUGACAUGUCAUCACCAGGUCUGGAGUUACCACCAUGUGAAUUGAACCGCUUGGAGGACCUGGCUGAGCUGGUGGCCUCCUCAUUACCAUCGCCAUUGCGGCGUGAGAAACUUGCACUGGCUGUAGAGAAUGAGGGUUACAUUCGUAAGCUUCUGGAGCUGUUCAGGGUGUGUGAAGAUUUGGAGAACAGAGAAGGACUGCAUCAUCUGUAUGAAAUCAUAAAAGGCAUCUUUCUGCUCAAUCGUACUGCACUCUUUGAGGUUAUGUUCUCUGAUGAGUGUAUCAUGGACGUCAUUGGUUGUCUGGAGUUUGACCCAGCCCUACCGCAGCCACGGCGGCACCGGGAGUUUCUCACUAAGACGGCUCGCUUUAAGGAGGUGAUCCCCAUCUCUGAUCCAGAACUGCGCCAGAAAAUACACCAGACGUAUAGGGUGCAGUAUAUUCAGGACAUGGUGCUGCCCACACCCUCUGUUUUUGAGGAAAACAUGCUGUCCACCCUGCACUCCUUCAUCUUCUUCAACAAGGUGGAGAUAGUGGGCAUGCUACAGGACGAUGAGAAGUUUUUGACAGACCUCUUUGCACAGCUAACUGAUGAGGCUACAGAUGACGACAAAAGACAUGAACUGGUGAACUUCCUAAAAGAGUUCUGUGCAUUCUCACAAACGUUACAACCUCAAAACAGAGACGCCUUCUUCAAGACAUUGUCAAACAUGGGUAUUCUACCUGCACUAGAGGUCAUACUGGGAAUGGAUGAUGUUCAGGUGCGUGGGGCAGCUACAGAUAUUUUCUCCUAUCUGGUGGAGUACAACCCCUCCAUGGUACGAGAAUUUGUAAUGCAGGAGUCUCAACAGAAUGAUGAUGAUAUCCUCCUCAUCAACCUGAUCAUCGAACACAUGAUCUGUGAUACAGACCCAGAGUUAGGUGGAGCUGUGCAGCUAAUGGGUCUGUUAAGGACGUUGGUAGACCCAGAGAACAUGCUGGCCACUGCAAAUAAAACGGAAAAGACAGAGUUCCUGAGCUUCUUCUAUAAGCACUGUAUGCAUGUCCUCUCAGCUCCAUUACUGGCCAACACCACAGAAGAAAAACCUAGUAAAGAUGAUUUUCAAACAUCACAGUUGUUAGCCUUGAUUUUGGAGUUGCUUACGUUCUGUGUCGAGCAUCACACCUAUCACAUCAAGAACUACAUCAUCAAUAAGGACAUUCUCAGGAGGGUACUGGUGCUCACUGCUUCUCAGCACGCCUUCCUGGCACUAUGUGCCCUACGCUUCAUGCGGAGGAUCAUUGGUCUAAAGGAUGAAUUCUACAAUCGCUACAUAAUGAGAAACUUUCUCUUUGAGCCUGUCAUCAAGGCCUUCCUCAACAAUGGCUCACGCUACAAUCUCAUGAAUUCUGCCAUCAUUGAGAUGUUUGAGUAUGUCCGUGUGGAGGAUGUGAAGUCUCUCACAGCUCACAUAGUAGAGAACUACUGGAAAGCUCUAGAGGAUGUCGAUUAUGUUCAGACAUUCAAGGGACUCAAGUUGCGGUAUGAACAGCAGCGGGAGAGGCAGGACAACCCCAAACUGGAUAGCAUGCGAUCCAUCCUACGGAACCACCGCUUCCGUCGUGAUGCACGGACGCUGGAGGAUGAAGAGGAGAUGUGGUUCAACACAGAUGAGGAUGACCUUGAGGAUGGCGAGGCUGUGGUUCCUCCUUCUGAUAAAAUGAAGACUGAGGAAGACCUUAUGGAACCUAUAAGCAAAUUCAUGGAGAGAAAGAAAUUAGUAAAAGACACAGAGGACAAAGAAGUAUUGGGGAAGUCCAGCUUAUCAGGCCGACAGAACCCCAGCUUCAAGCUCUCCUUCUCUGGCUCAACCAAAACCAGCCUGUCCAGCCCUCCUUCAUCUGCCUCAUUGAACCCAGGGUCUCCAGGAUCACCGGGGUCUCCAGGCUCAGGGGCACGUAGCUCGCCCUCCACCACAACAGUAACAACAAAGGGAGGUUUGGUGGGACUGGUGGACUACCCCGACGAUGACGACGAGGAAGAAGAUGAGGAAGAUGACGGGGAGAGUAAAGACGAGCCUAUGCCACCUUCGAAGAAAUCCAAACUGAGCUCUUAAAACGUCUGCGUCUCAGCUCGUGCUCCGCUCGGACAGUUUCAGUGCAUAGACUUUACACAGAAAUGAUCAAACUUGUAAACAAAUUGAAUGAAUGAACGCCACCCGUCGUUGUCGUCAGUGGGUAGCCAAAUGAGGAGUGGACUGUGAAUGGAUACGAAGCCUCCUCACACUAGCCCAAUCCAUACAAGUGCCAAUCAGGAGACCAGGAGUGACAAACCGCCUGAAAAAAAAAACGAACGGAUGAGUAAAAGCUGGGGGAGACGAGAUCGGACUAAAAGAUCGUCUUGGGCUCAGACUCUGUGAGACCGGUGGGAGUUCAGUGAUUUAGCAACUGGAGGACAAGACCACAUACAAAACAACCACAUGUACACAGACUGAAACCCCAGUGAGCUUGCAGGCUCGGACCAUAACCCACUGCCCCCACCCCCCCACUCAGGGAAGGACAUCACAGCGACCCCAAACGGGUCAGCCAAUUCAGACCCAGAACCACCACUCGCACCCCCAUCCCCCUUUUCAGAAUCCACCUUCCUCCUCGUUCCUUUUCUUCUUGUUUCCUCUGCUCUUUCCACCCUCUCUGUCUGUUGCUUUUUGUCCCCUUUUUUAAGUUAGUAUAUAGGACCAGACGAGAGGCAGCAUGAGGCAAAGAGCUGUCCUUGUUGUCGUAUGAUGAUGUCAUCAGUGUCGUCGUUCCUUCGGCGGACGUUGUUCUCUGACGAGAAAAAAAGCCAGCAGUUUCUUCAUGAUUUUCUUUUUGUUCUCUGUUUGUCUCGAUCUUUCUCCUGUUUUUGUAAAUGACAACAAAAAAGACCUGCCUUUAAAUGUUCAGGACGUUUUCAGUCACACUUGAACAGGUUUUUAAAGACCUCAGUAGGUGAGCUAGUUUUACCCUUUUUGCCCUUUGAAACUGCAGAUUUUUUGGAGAAUUUGUAAUCCCGUCUUGAUUAAAGAUUGAGUGGAAUUCUAGA